AUGGCAGAAGACUUAGAAGAUCUGAUGCCCACUGAGAGGAAGUCCGUCUGGAGGACGGCGGAGGAGAGGCGGAUGUCCGACCUCACCCGGGUGCUGGAGUGGCUGGAGAGGAGGCAGGGCAAGAAGAAGCGUGCCCUCCAGAAAAAGAUGGAGGAGGCGAACCAUGCAGAAGAGAGGGCAAAGAAAGGCAUGGGCGCUAAGAAGAAGCAGGACAAAGACGGCCGCAAGGUGACCUUCAACAAGGCUGCUGAGAAUAAUUUACCUCGUGGCUCCAAGAAUCAAGAUCCAAACGGCAGCAAGAAGCUCGUCAGUGGUUUCCAGAGAGGGUAUGGAACAGACUUUAAAGGCAAGCGUACAAGCAUGCUGUCCUCCAACUUCAGCAGGGAUGGCCUUAAGAAGUCUGACUUAGACAUCAAGGAUGUCAUAGCCCUAGAAACCAAUGCUCGGGUCAACCCAUUCCGUAGACAAAGCUCCAUUGAUCCUAUACUUCAGGAAACUAUGUUCGGCACACGGAGGUCAGGCCUGAUGAGAGACUGGCCAAGCAAGGCUCCCGACAACUACGAUCGCAAGCUGAAAAGCCUCAUGGAGAAGGGCACAGAGCCCAAGAUGGAGACAGCUAAGAUGCUGAAGCCAGAGGAGGUGCUGAGCUGCCGGUACCUGCGUUUGUCCAAGAACAACAUCAAGACCUUGAUCAAGCUGUGCAAAGACGCAGGGAUGGACGUGGACAUCCACCCACACAUGGUGGAGUCCGAGAUAGACUCCAAGAAGAUAUUCGACCAUCGCUUGAGCACGGCGCUCUAA